ACCUUAUGAUGGAAUCUAAUGACCCGGUCAAAGGCUCAGAAAUUUCCGUUGUCUGGAUCGGUUGGUAUCCAAUCUAUUGCAUCUCUGGUGCUGCUGUGCUCGAGGCUGUUCUGUCAAAAUCCAAUGUUGCUAAGCCCUCUUUCUAUAAAUACAUUGGACUUCGAGAUGGUUUAGUUACAUCCGAUCCUGAUAAAUGGCGAUUACACUGUAAUCUGAUUGAGCCUUUUUUCAUCGCCAAAAGGCAAAAGUAUUUCGCUGAAAUCAUGAACAAGGAGAUCAGUAAACUACCGCACCACAUUAGGACAAAAGUUGGUGUUCCUUGUGAUAUCAAACAGCUAAUUAAUUUGAGUGCGAUAAAUAUCAUCACCGAAGUUUUUUUAAAUAUACCAAGUGAUGAAUUAAUUGAUAUAAAAUAUUCUUGGCUGGAUAACAUUGAGAAAGGUAAAGGAAUCGAAUCAGCACAAAUUAUAGCAGAGAAAUAUAGACAAGCAGCAUUGGAACGAGGAAAUAAUAAUAACGAAAAUGAUUCCAAGAAUAAAAGAAAAGAGUUCGAAAGCUUAUAUGAGUUGUUGAACGAGAAAGAAACGAAGGAGGUAAAUAUGGACAAAGAGGAAAUUUUCGAUGAGCUGAUGACCAUUAUAGCUGCUGGACAUGAGACGAUAUCGGUUGCGAUGCAAUGGACAUUAUUUCUUUUAGGUAAUAAUCCUCAGAUUCAAGAUCGACUUUAUAAAGAAAUUGUUGAUCUAUUUCCUGGAGAUACUUCGGUUGAUGAUUUAGAAAAAAUUUCUCAGUGUCAAUUCCUUGAUCAAUGUAUCAAAGAAUCGCUUCGACUAAAGCCCCCAGCCCACGCAAUUGCACGUAAAUUGGAAGAGGAUGUCAUCAUUAAUGGAUCUAAAUUGUUAAAAGAUUCGAUUGUAACAAUUAACUUAAGUGCAACGCAUUAUGAUCCUAAAUUUUUUCCCAAUCCAUUGAAAUACGAUCCCGAUCGAUGGUCGUUUAUCCAAAAAGAUACUUUGCCGAAAGGAGCUUAUGUCCCCUUCUCUCUUGGGCCGAGAAAUUAUAUUGGUUAUCGUUUCGCUUUACUUGGAAUGAAAGUUUAUCUAAUUCAUAUUAUUCGAAAAUCUACUUUCAAGUCGACCCGUAAAGAAGAUGAGAUCGGUCACAGAUUCGAGGCAUCGCUCAAACCAACAUCUAGUUUGGAACUUGUAUUCAAAAUGAGAGAAUAAUAAAUUACCAAAUUAAAACUUUUUCUUUUGAAAACAACAAAUAUAGUCAAUUGAGCUAUGUUGCCAAGUUGGCUCAUCACUCACUAGAAUUAAAU